UAUGUUGCCUGAAUUGAGUAUGUCUGGUUGAUCUGGAUUUUUUAGUUCUGGGUUCUAAAUGUUCUGAAUUAAUUUGUACAUUAUAGCUACCAGAUCUUAAACUGCUGUGGUAAGUGAGGAGCCAGACUGUUGGGGUAAGAGAGAGACUGCUGCUGUGAUUCAGGUGGGGUUUACCUCAAUUUUAGUAUUUUCAUUUGUUCUCUUUCUUGCUAGACUAGAAUGUCAUCUCUAUGUACCUUAGAGGCAGAAAUGGUGCUCCACAGAGUUUUGGUAUUUUUGCCCUCCAGCUACAAUGAAUUACUCUGGAUAUUCUUACAACUCUCUUUCCCUCACACAGAGGGCUGAACCCCCAUGCUGUGGAUAUUGUCCAUAAGAUCCAUGGCAGGCCUUCUCUGAGCAACUUACUUAAACAAAAAGGAGAAGCUGGAGGCUGGAAUACUUUUUUUAAUGGCCCUCUGUAUAAGCUUCCUUGCAAACCAAGGUUGAAUAUAAAAUGAGUCAUUUUGCCAUGGAGUUGAUUGUUGUUUUCUCAAAAAAAUACUUUGGGGAGCAGGUAGGCAGAGAAUGUCCUGUUGCAGUCCUGAAGAUUUCGAUGCUGUGUUUCAAAUACAACUUUUAAUUUAUGAAGGUUUUUAAAAAAAUAAGAAAGCAAGGCAAGAAGCUGAAUGCACAUGGCUUUUUAGAAGAGGAAAGCAGCACCUACUAUCAGCAGGUUGUGGGUAAGUAUCUUAGGCAAUCAAAAUUACUUGCUCUGAAUUAACUGUUUGCCUUUUCCAUAGAUAACCUAACAAAUCUUUGUUUCAUUUCUAGAAAUUGAAGUACAGAAAACUGUCUUAAAAUUCUUUCGAUUUGAUCUCUUAUAAGAAUACAGCACUAAAUACGGAGAACAAGCUAUUUAUAAAGGAGAAAAAUAAAUGGUGAGUCAGGGAAAACAGCAAACAAAAUUUCAGGGCUGUACUCUCUCAUUUGUCCUGUGUAUGUUGUAGGUUUCUGCUUUUAAAAGUUCCACUGGGGUAUUUUCUUUUCUCUGUGUGUGUUUAAUUUUGGUUGAUUUUGUUGGUGUUUUUUUAGCUACCUGAUGCCCGAAGCAUAGAGGGAAGUAGCAGUAACAGCAGAACCCAUGAGCAGGACUGAGGGAGCAGCUAAGGCCCUUCAUUUUAGUUUUUCAUUCAAUUUAUGAACGAAUGAAAUCUCUUUUUUACAUCUGUUACUUGAAAUCUUAAACAAUGUAGCCUUCUCAGACUUCAGGACAUGUGGUAGCAAGACCUUUUGAGUAAAAUUUUGUUGGUCUGCAUCAUCCUUUCCUUUCUAACUGUGGUGGUUGCUAGUGUGAUUUGUCUGUGCAUUAUUUAUGUAUCAGAUAUUUUUGCUGUGGCAACAGAAGGUAAGUGAUAUGAUAAUCGAAUAAAAGCUGGAGCAUCAAUGUUUUAUUAUGUGGUUAGGUCAAAUGGGCAACGUGUUCAAAGCUCUGGGAGAAUGAGGAUUUAGAGCUCUUCCCUAAGUAAAGCAGCUUUGGUGGCUUCUGAAACCAUCUAGAUUUUUGUUGUUGGUCAGAACGCAGGAAUUCCUGUCCCUACAGCUUUCCUAACAAACGACAGUAAGGGAACACUUAUUUGUUUCAGUGCAGCAUCCAGCAACUUUGUUUAGACAGCCAGAGAGGUAGUUUGACCACAGUCAAAGGAGUUGGAGAGAGUGCUUAUGUGUUCUAUGAGAAUCCAAGUGUUGCAAUUCUGGAACCAACUGGCUUAAAUAAACCCCAGAAACCAGGUAUCAAGAAAUGCUUGGGCAGGGACUGUUACUUCCUUUUUGACAGGAACUGUACAAGUUCCCUUUGAGUUUAGUGGGGUAAUAAAAUUCUGCAGGAUGCUUCUGGGGCCAUUUUCCUAUCCUAAACCAUGGGCUUGGCAAAAUAUGGCAUAAUUGAGUUAGGUGGCCCCAGCACAUUGUACAGUAAUAGAAAAGGUGAAUUGUAGAUUCCUGCUUCUGACAUACAUAAAACAAUAAGCCUGAUUCUCUGCCCUAGAGCAUAAAUUGCAUGCAGCUGUUUUCUAAGAAAAUCAAAACAAAUGGUGAAAAUCAGGAAUUCAGUUUUGCUCAGCAAAUCCAUUUAUAGUUCUCACUUUUCUCCCCCCUCACCCCUCAGCUCCUCCUGCCCCAUUAAGCUGGUGCCACUAGUGAGUGCUCACUGUGGGAGGAGGAAUGUGGAACUUGUCCCUGGUGGAUCAGUAGAAGUUACUACCUCACCAUGCUUCAGGUGGACAUCACUGCUCAUCCAGGCUCCCCACAACUACGAACUGGCUUUAGCUUGGCGCAGAAGCCGUUUGGAGCGACGUUCGUCUGGAGCAGCAUUAUCAGCGCUCUUCAAACUCAAGUGGAAGUGAAAAAGCGCCGCCAGAACCUGAAGUGUUACCAUGACUGUUUCAUUGGUUCGGAUGCCGUGGAUGUUGUCUUUGCCCAUCUUCUUCAGAACAAGUAUUUUGGGGACGUGGAUAUUUCCCGGGCUAAGGUGGUGCGCGUGUGCCAAGCGCUGAUGGAUUGCAAAGUGUUUGAGGCUGUCUCAACGAGGGUCUUUGGGAAAGACAAACGCUCUGUGUUUGAAGACAGCAGCAGCAGCCUCUACAGAUUCACAAAUACCUCGAACCAGCCAGAGCUUGAGAAAGAUUACCAGCAGUGUACCCCACAGAGAUAUGAGAAGAGCGUGUUGUUCCACUCUACUCCAUUCAAACCAGAAAGCUUGGAGGAUCUUUGGGAAAACCUGAGUCUAAAGCCUGCAAACAGCCCUCAAGUGAACAUCUCAGAUAGCUUGUCCCGUCGAGUUAUUAAUGAAGUGUGGCAAGAACAAACAAUUGCUCGCCUGCUGCAGCUGGUAGACCUCCCUCUCCUGGAGUCUCUGCUUGAGCACCAGGAGAUCAGACCUCAGCCUCCACAGCCCAGGAAGGCACCUGGAUAUGUCAUCACGAGUAACUACCUGGACAGAGAGAUUCUCAAGGCUUUCAGUGACUCACAGACAGAUGAGUGGCUCUCGGCAGCAAUUGAUUGCUUGGAAUAUCUUCCUGAUCAUAUGGUGGUAGAUAUUAGCAGGAACCUGCCUGAUCAGCCAGACAAAGCAGAUACCUGGAAGCUGCUGCUGUUCGACAACAUUGGUAGAUACUACAGCCAAAAAAAGGAGCCCCUGUUAAGCCAUGCAUCUGAAAUUCAUUUAGGAAUUGCAGAACUCCUAGUGAAUGGGAAGAUGGAGCAAUCUUUAGAAGCUGUUCAACUCUAUUUGAAACUCCUAGACAGCCAAGUCAGGGAGGAGUUCAGGAGACUGCUGUACUUCAUGGCUGUUGCAGCACAUCAUUCUGAGUUCAAACUACAGAAGGAGAGUGACAACAGGAUGGUUGUGAAAAGAACGUUCUCUAAAGCUAUUAUCAACAAUAAAAACUUAUCCAGAGGGAAAACUGACCUCCUGAUCUUGUUCCUUGUGGACAACCAAAGAGAUGUGUUAAAGGUCCCAGGGGCACUGCACAAAAUGGUCAGCAAUAAACUGCUGGCUCUGCAGAAAGGCCAGGAUCCCAGUAAGAUAACAGGUUAUACCUUUUGUCAAAAACUUGAUGAAAGAGAGUAUCGCUCCAACACAGAGAAGACCACAAAAGACGAGCUACUAUCUCUGCUGAAAGCUAUUGAUGAAGAUUCAAAGCUCUCUGACAAAGAGAGAAAGAGGCUGCUAGGUCAGUUUCAUAGUAGUAAUCCAAGUAUUUUUAUGCAGUAUUUUGGAGACAGAGUUACUAAUAUGUGUGUGUGAGACUUUAAAUAUUGAUUACUUUGUAUAGCCCAGCAUUGAAAACACUAAUAUAUUUGUAAAUCUUUUAUAUUCAUGUAUCUGCCUAAUAAAAUUAUUUUGUGGAAAUGGA